UGCGGAUUUAUAAAAUCGCCCGGUGGAGGAAGUCACACUUCAGAAUUGCUCCUGCAAGUCGUGAAUCUUGUUUCGGAUCAGAAAUAAAUACAUUUGUUUCUUUUAAGGUUUGCAACAUGAAUCGCUUUCACUUGUUUGCGUUUUUAAUUUGGUAUUUAAUUGCGGACAGCAAAUCAAUAAUCAGAAUUCCUCUGCACAAGACACGCACUGUGCGCCGCACGUUGGCAGACAAUGGCAUGUCUAUUGAAGAGAUCAAAUCCAUGGCCAAGUUAUCUGGACAGACCGCCUCCACAAAUCCAGCCAUUACCCCAACCACACUACCACCACCCGUGGAGAAACUCACCAAUUUCAUGGAUGCCCAGUAUUAUGGAGUGAUCAGUAUUGGGACCCCUCCUCAGGACUUCACCGUGCUGUUUGACACCGGAUCAUCCAACCUCUGGGUUCCGUCUGUCCAUUGCUCCUUCCUGGAUAUUGCCUGCUGGUUGCACCAUCGCUACAACUCAAAGAAGUCGAGCACUUACGUUCAGAACGGCACCAAGUUCUCAAUCCAGUAUGGUAGAGGGAGUCUUUCUGGCUUUAUCAGUCAGGAUACAGUCACUCUGGCAGGGCUAAAGGUGCUAGACCAGCAGUUUGGUGAGGCCAUCAAUCAGCCUGGAAUUGUGUUUGCGGUGGCACGGUUUGAUGGCGUCUUGGGUAUGGGAUAUCCUGCCAUCUCUGUAGAUGGCGUCACACCAGUGUUUGACACGGCCAUGGCUGCCAAAAUCUUGCCCCAGAAUAUCUUCUCCUUUUACAUCAACAGGGACCCUGCAGGUGGAGUUGGAGGUGAGCUGAUGCUGGGAGGUUUCGACCAACAGUAUUUCGAUGGUGAUCUGCAUUAUGUCAAUGUCACAAGGAAAGCCUACUGGCAGAUCAAGAUGGAUGAAGUUCAAGUGGGUGGCACUCUUACCCUUUGCAAAAGUGGUUGCCAGGCAAUUGUUGACACGGGAACAUCACUGAUCACUGGGCCGGUUCAAGAGGUUCGAGCACUGCAGAAAGCCAUCGGAGCAGUUCCACUGCUUAUGGGAGAGUACUGGAUUGACUGUAAGAAGAUUCCGUCGCUUCCUGUUGUUUCCUUCAACAUUGGAGGGAAGAUAUUCAAUCUAACUGGUGAUGACUAUGUUAUGAAGGUGACUCAAAUGGGCAUGAGCAUCUGUCUAUCUGGCUUUAUGGCUCUGGAUGUUCCACCCCCUGCUGGGCCCCUGUGGAUUCUAGGAGAUGUGUUUAUUGGGCGCUAUUACACUGUGUUUGACAGGGAUGCUGAUCGGGUGGGCUUUGCUCCGGCUAAGUGAAUAGAGAGUGAAUCGCACUAUUGUAUCUGAACUUGGACAGUCAUCAGUAGUAGAUAAACCACUGUUUCCAUUUAAGUUGUUCAGUUAACUCACAUUUGAAAUAUGCAAGAGAGAUCCACUGGGGAACUCAGCAAUACGCCUUAAGUGAGAGUUUCCAAAGUACAAAAGUGAAACCAAACUGAAAAAGGAAUUGAGACAAUAUUGCUAAGCUGGGGUUUCUCUGAACUUUUACUUCUUGGUUGGAAACAUAAAAUUAGUUUUUUAUUUUGCACUGAGUUUAAAUAGAUACAUGCUUUUUUUAAAUUUAUACUUAAGCUAUUUUGUAAUACAUUUAAUAAAGAUUGAAGUUUUGAAGAAGAAUUGCUGGUGAAUGUAGCCAAGUACUCUGGUUGAGUAGCUUCUGUGUUUGACUUUGUAUUUAUCAUUCUGAUCACUGGUGUGUUAUAAUCAAUUUGCACUGCUGCCAUUUCAGAAUUAAUUAAUGGGAUUUCUGUUACUAGGUAACUCAAAUUUGAUCAUGACUAUUUGCUAACUAUUGAACAGUGGCACUAGAAUUUGUGUAUAAAGGCUUUCGAAGCUCAAGUUAAAAAAAUAAAGUUUUCUUUACAGUU